UGCACCCGGUCUGGACUGCCAGCUGGAGGACUUUCAACAGAGCAUAUCUGUUAGGCUAUCUGUUCAUCCACGACGAUUGUCUACAUAACAAACACAAGUUCUACAAGCAUGAAUGAGAAAUAGAGGAUUAUAAUGUGAUUAGGGAUGGGUUUUGCGAUGCUUUCCGAGUCACCACUGCGGGAGGUUGACGAAUCGUCGGCUUGACAGUGAACAGGUUUCCACGAGAUUCCCACGGAGCUCUUGUGAGCGAAAUGAACAACCCGCCGGUGUGAUCGUGCACAUGGAGAGCGCGAUCCACGGCGCGUGAACGCACGCACGGAGAUCCGUGUAUUCUCUGCGCUUUGGACACCAUUCUUACCGGAUAUUCUUAAAAAUCUUCGUCUGCAAAUACAGUUUCAUUUUUAAUUAAUCUGCUUGUAUUUUGCGUUACUUAUCGAUUUCCAACGAAACACUAACAGACAUAAGUUAUGUUGAACUAAAGGGAUUCUUCAAACCCCUCAUACAGUAGUAUCACUCCACAGACAGCUUCUUCACUCUUCAUCCAUCCUUCUUUUGAUCUGUAUAGGAUGCAGCAGGAAUGAUCCCGGUCCAGCGCGUUAAAGCUCAGCCUCAGCUGUGGCACGUGAGCGCCGAAGCUCCUCCGUGGCUAUGGAUGGUCCCGACCACCUCCGGAAUGUGUAGGGUGGGUUCUGUUCCUCCCGUGCUCAUCUCCUCUCGCCCUCCACCGGUGAUUCAGACGGUCUCGGGAUGGCAGAUGUCUUGCGAUCCGUUUGUGCCCGUGAUGCGCGCUGCCGCCGCGGAACCCGCGAACAUCAAUCAGUUCAGUCUGCCCAGUGUUCAGUGGGAGAUGCCGGCCAGGCCUCAUGUGUUGGGUUUCCAACCUUCUGCAAGUGUGGAUUUACUUCCAGUGUUUCCUCAAGUAUACCGGACGGUCCUGCCUCAACACUACAACAAGGGCUGGGUGGAAAAACGUGUGCCUGACUACAAGUUUUAUCUAAACAACACUUUAGCUCUUGAGACCACCUGGAUCAGUCCAGAGGAAAUGGGAAUUUUCCAGCUUCAGGAAAAGCCACUGCUGAGAACAAAUCAAACGGCGUUGAGCAUAUGUAGGCCAGCUGCAGCCUCCAGGAAUAUCCACACUCUACUGCUGACACCCAGGCGCAUUUCAGGUUGUCCUGUGGCCAUUAAGCAAGUAGGAAGUUCUAAACGAAUCGCUCUGGCAGCAGCAGCCAUGAUGGCGAUGGAUUCUGACAUGACACAGGGACCAUCCAUCUCUUCUGCUCACCCUAUCCACCUGCUCUCACUCUCACCCAUCAAGCUUCCCUUUCUGACGGCACCUCACGCAGGAACACGGAGCAGCUGGGAAGGCUUACUGGGACCCAUCCUGCCCUCUCAGAUAACUGCAGUAACAUCACUCUCUGCUCCUGGGGUGACCCUACUUACUGGAAACUGGAAGAAGCAAAGAGCAACAGAUAAGAUUUUGGAAUUGAGGAAGCCAUCCUGCACAGACGCCUUGGUGCUCCACCGUGAUCCAAACCCAAAGGCAAAAGCUGAGGAUGAGCCUUUUAAAGUCAGUAUGGAUGAGGACAGCUCGUUCAAAGACAAGCGGCCAGUUGCAUCCACGCCUAUACCUGGGUCACCAUGGUGUGUAGUAUGGACAGGCGAUGACAGGGUGUUUUUCUUCAAUCCCACCAUGCAUUUGUCAGUAUGGGAGAAACCAGUGGAUCUGAAAGACCGUGGAGACCUCAAUCGAAUCAUCGAGGACCCGCCACAUAAACGCAAGAAAGACUCUUUAGACGAUGGCUCAAAUGCUGACGAUGAUGACAAUGAUGAAGAGGAAGGUAGUUCAAAGAACAAGCGCUACAAACUGGACCAUCCUGCUGAGUGUGAAGGAAAAAACGGCUCAUCUCUUCAGAUGGUUGUGCCGCUGGAGCUCCGGAUCGGCCACUUCAGAGACAUGCUUCUGGAAAGAGGGGUGUCUGCAUUCUCCACCUGGGAGAAAGAAUUGCACAAAAUUGUAUUUGAUCCACGGUACCUGCUGCUGAGUCCAGAAGAACGAAAGCAGAUUUAUGAUCAGUUUGUCAAAGCAAGAAUGAAAGAGGAGCACAAGGAGAAAAAGUGCAAACUCCAGCAAGCGAAAGAAGAGUACAGAAAACUGCUUGAGGAAUCAAAAAUCACAUCCAGGUCGACAUUCAAAGAGUUUUCAGAAAAGUAUGGAAACGAUCCACGGUUUAAACAGGUACUGAAGAGGAAAGACCAGGAGCUGUUUUUCACCCAGUUCAUUGGCACGUUAAAGAAGCGGGACAAAGAGAACAGAAUUCGUCUGAGGAAGAUGAGAUGAGUGUUUGCUGACAUGGCUAUGAACUCUCCACAGUACUAUGAACUGAUUUCCUGUGACUGUUUAUCACAGCGUAUACAGUGAUACCACCUGCCCAUUUAUAUGACCAAACCAAAAGGGCAGUUUGCUUUUCAAUGACUGACUUUCAAACAAAUGGAACCAUACUGAACCAGCAGAAUCUGAGCAGCGGUUUGGGAAUGAAAUCUGUAUAUGAAUCUGUUUCAUAUUGAAGCUAGUAUUCCCUGAUUUGAGUAUAACGAGGUUACUAAAUCGCAACUCUGAACACAAAGACAGAGGUUGACUCACUGGAAGUAUCUAAAGCCAUUGACCUGUGCACACAGGUGGAAAAUGUUUUUUUUCUAAUAAUUGUAAAUAAGUGUUGACUUGCCUGGCGCUGUGUUAAAAGUGACCGUAGAAGUGAAACCAUUUUGUCAGAGUAAGACAGAUUCUACACAGCAUCUGUGCGAAUCAGUAAGUGGUGUUGUGUAUCGAUUUAAUUUUUCAAAUGUCGUCUAAAGGUUUAUAGUCAUUAAAUUUGUCACAAUAUCGUAAAAAUUUAAAGUCAUACUUUUUACAGAAAAUUUAUGUACAGCUCUGUGAAGUGCUGUAAUAUUUGGGUGGAAUAGUUUCCCCGAAA